AGACUCGACUGAAGAGGGAGUAAAAAGGAAACCCCUCUGUUAUCUAAUCUUUUCAUCUUUAGCUACCGUCUCUGCGGAUCUCGGUGCUCGGAUUAACGUUUUAAGGUCAGUGUUAUCGGGUUACUGUUUCUCCCAGGAGAAAAAAAGGAGGAUUGACUGCUGAAGGGAACGCCCUUUGCUUUAAAGUCACCUGCGCAAGGACCUCCAUCCAUUUGCAGUGUAUAAAAAGGCGAGGUGAAGGUCUGGACAUUAGUUCGGCUUAACCAGCGUUAAGGAGCGAAACCCCCCCGCAUCUGUUGGGGUAUAUUCAUCUCUCUGUCCCAGUCCUGGAGAGUAUCCUGGGUCAUAGCGGCGUUUCAGGCGUGUAAGACGGAUAACGCGGUUCACUUUGACGUUUAUCUGCUUAGCUAAUUCAUCCCGCGCUUGCGUCUCAUCGUUAGUCAUAAAUUCUCCAUCCUUUGCCAGCUUUACUGCGUCUUUUGUUUCACGCUGAGGAGGCCAAGAUGAUGCAAAUCUGCGACUCGUACAACCAAAAGAACUCCCUGUUCAACGCCAUGAACCGCUUCAUCGGUGCCGUCAACAACAUGGACCAGACGGUGAUGGUGCCCAGCUUGCUGAGGGAUGUGCCGCUGGACGAGGGCGAGAUGAAGACGGUGAAGCCUCCAUCCACUUACUUCCAGCAUGGAGACAUGUACGGCUAUUACGUUCUCCUCAAAUCCAUCAGGAAUGACAUUGAAUGGGGCAUCCUGCAGGGUGACGAGAGGCGGAAGGAGAAGCUGGGGGUCUCCACCCUCGAGCAGGACGACGAGGAGGACCUGGAGAAGUUGUUCCACUUCCAUUUGAACGGGCUGCACGCCGUCCUGUCCAAGCUCACCCGCAAGGCGAACACCCUAACGAACAGAUACAAGCAGGAGAUCGGGAUCGGAGGCUGUGGGCAUUGAAGAUCCAAGCAGUUUCCCUCCCCCGGGUGGUCCAUGAGGUGGGGGGAGACGUUCACCACGCCCGGAAGGUGCAGCCAAGCUGCACCGCGCGGCCCGGAUGCUGGUGCUGUAGCGUAACCCAUCCCUGUUCUUUUGGAAUCGGAUUAAAAAGAGAGAUAACCUAACUUACCUGACGUGGCACCAUUGUUUCCCCCCUAACUAAGACUUCCCCUAUUGUGUUUUUGCACUUUGAGUAACUUGGACAUGUUUUUGUUUGGCUUGGGAUGAAGCACUUGGGUUAAUAUAUGCAGUUUUAUUUAAAAAGAUAUGCAAUGGACGUCGCACAAAGUGGGUUGUAAGUUGGGUUGGGAGCUAUUUUCUUGAUUGGACUGAUUGGAGACUAUCAUAAUUUAUGUGCAAAGUGCUACUGCUGCAUAUUAAUCAGCUUUUCAAGUGCAAAAAGACUGAAAGCCAAUGCCAAACGGUUCUGCAGUAUGGGGUAAUCAGUGAGAUGGAAUCAAAUGAUACUUCUAAUUGUUUUUAUAGAAUGUGGAUCGAUUCCAGGAGAUUAUGUUAACUGCUAAUUGUCAUGCUAAUAUGUUGAAGGCUUGUCAUGUCUGUUUUUUUAUCACAAAGCUGGUACUGAAAAUAAAUUUUGUAACUGAU